CGUGAAAUAACGAAGACAGAAACACCAUGGCAGAUAAUGAGAAUGAGACUGAAUUGUUGGAUUAUGAAGAGGAUGAGACUGAAACUACAGCUGAUGGGACGGGGGAUGCCCCAGUCAAAAAGGAUGUCAAGGGAACCUAUGUUUCUAUUCACAGCUCUGGUUUCAGAGAUUUUCUCUUGAAGCCAGAAUUGCUGAGAUCCAUUGUAGAUUGUGGAUUUGAGCAUCCCUCAGAAGUCCAGCAUGAGUGCAUUCCACAGGCCAUUCUGUCUAUGGAUGUUCUUUGUCAGGCCAAAUCUGGUAUGGGGAAGACAGCAGUAUUUGUGUUGGCCACACUUCAACAACUGGAACCUGUGGAUGGCCAUGUGUCGGUUCUGGUUCUUACACACACAAGAGAACUGGCGUUCCAAAUCAGCAAAGAGUAUGAAAGGUUCAGCAAGUACAUGAACAACGUGAAAAUUGCAGUGUUCUUUGGAGGAAUGGCCAUCAAAAAAGAUGAAGAAGUUCUGAAGAAGAAUUGUCCACACAUUAUUGUUGGUACUCCUGGUCGAAUUUUGGCACUUAUCCAUUCAAAAGCACUCAAUCUGAAAAAUGUAAAACAUUUUGUUCUGGAUGAAUGUGACAAAAUGUUGGCAGCCCUAGACAUGAGGAGAGAUGUACAGGAAAUCUUCCGCAACACCCCCCAUGAAAAACAAGUGAUGAUGUUCAGUGCAACUUUGAGCAAGGAAAUCCGAGCUGUCUGCAAGAGAUUCAUGCAAGAUCCAAUGGAGGUGUAUGUUGAUGAUGAUUCCAAAUUGACUCUACAUGGUCUGCAGCAGCACUAUGUUAAACUGAAGGACAAUGAGAAGAACAGAAAACUCUUUGAACUACUGGAUGUACUGGAAUUUAAUCAGGUCAUCAUCUUUGUGAAGUCAGUGCAGAGGUGCAUGGCGCUGGCACAGUUGCUGGUUGAACAAAAUUUCCCAGCUAUUGCAAUCCACAGAGCAAUGACACAAGAGGAAAGAUUAUCCCGAUAUCAACAGUUCAAAGAUUUCCAGAAAAGAAUACUAGUGGCCACAAACUUGUUUGGUCGAGGAAUGGACAUUGAAAGAGUCAAUAUUGUCUUUAACUACGACAUGCCAGAGGACUCUGAUACUUACUUACACAGGGUAGCACGUGCAGGAAGAUUUGGAACAAAGGGUCUUGCAAUCACAUUUGUAUCAGAUGAAACAGAUGCCAAAGUACUGAAUGAAGUACAAGAGAGAUUUGAAGUGAACAUCACAGAGUUGCCUGAUGAAAUUGAUAUUUCAUCAUACAUUGAAGGACGUUGAACACUUGGAAGACGUGUGAUUUGAGAGACUUUUACCAAGAAAACAUAGACAAUGAACAAUUUGAGGAAGCUGUAUAUUUUUAGUGAGGUCAUACUAUUCUGAUUCAUAGCAAAAUCAUGUCUGUCAUUUCAUUAAAUCAUAUUUGUAUUGAAUAUUUUUUUGUUUUUAAGAUGAUGUGGAAAUAUGUUGGGACAAACUGUCGGUUGUUUACCUAGAACUCUUAGUUGACAUAAGAUCUGCACAGGGUGCACUGUGAUAUGUUUUAUCUUGUAAAUAAAUACUUUUCAUUUUC